UCUCAGAGAGAGAGCGAGAGCGAGAGAGAGAGAGAGAGAGAGAGAGAGAGAGAGAGAAAGAGAGAAAGAGAGAGAGCACAACAGAAAUUAGACAACUUCAUCACUUCAGGGCUUAGUGUUGUUGCCCUUGUUUUUAUUAAAGGAUCUUUAGAAUUGUAUGUCUCCUAGCCAUCAAAAGAGAAAUAAGAAAGCAACGUUAAAAUGGCCAGAUUCAAGUUUCAGAUGUAAGAAGAAAACGUUUUCAGGAAAUUUCUGGCAAACCAACACUGUUCUGCCUACAUCUCUCCUCCCUCACUGAUUUGCUGAUUGUGACUUGCCAAUUCUCCAGAAAAUGAAACUGAUCUAACAGUUCCAGAUCAAAGAGCCUCACAAAGACAUACUUCAAGUUUUAAUACAAAAAGUAGAAGUUUUCAGAAAAGCCUUGAACAGAAUUGAAUAUUUAUGAAUAGCACAGCAAAGAUGCAUUAUAACAAACAACCACAAAUAAGGAUGAAACAUCUCUAAAUAUACUCAUUGGAAGUAUCCCAACAUAUACUAUGUGAAUAAAAGCAAGUAAAGAGAAUUUUACAUGGUAUCACAAUGGCAGAGCAACUAAACCUUCCAGAAAAUACAGAUGAAUGGACAAAAGAGGAUGUAAACAGGUGGUUAGAGAGUCAUAAGAUUGACCAAAAACAUAGGGAAAUUUUGAUGGCACAAGAUGUGAGUGGAGCAAUCUUGAAGUGGCUAAAUAAAAGCCAUCUUGUUGAUAUGGGCAUAACACAUGGACCAGCUAUCCAAAUAGAGGGACUAUUCAAAGAAUUGCAGAAAACAUCUUCUGAAGAUCCUAUUCAGACAUCCAAGAGGGAGAAAAGCAGUAAAAAUAUUCCUACAAAGCAAUCUUUGAUGCAAAAGGAAGGUAGAGAGACUUCAAAGCAAAAGCAAAAGGACAAAGAGAUCUCAGAUAUGGAUAAUGCUUCUAAAGUGAGUCCAGCUGCCAAACAGUCUAAAUCACUAAAAAAUGAGCCCAUGGAAAAUCCACCAGAUGACAUGCCACAACCAACAUGUACCCCAUAUCCUUUUAAUACAUUCAGUGAUCCAUAUCGCUAUAAAUUGCAUUUCAUCCUGCAGCCUGAAACAGGACCACAAAAUCUUAUUGAUCCAGUACAUGAGUUCAAAGCACUGAAAAAUACUGAAACAGCCACAGAAGAGGAUAUUAAGAUGAAAUUUACCAAUGAGACCUUCCGUUUUGCUUCAGCUUGUAUGAAUUCACGUACCAAUGGCACUAUUCAUUUUGGAGUUGAAGACAAACCCCAUGGCAAAAUUGUUGGCAUAAAAGUCACCAGUGUCACCAAAGAAGCCCUAAUUGACCACUUCAAUUGGAUGAUCCAUCAGUAUUUUGAAGCACAUCAGGUCCAACAAGCAAAGAAGUGCAUCCGAGAACCAAGAUUUGUAGAAGUUUUACUGCCAAAUAGCACUGUAUCUGACAGAUUUGUUGUUGAGGUGGAUGUUGUUCCACAAUUCUCUGAAUGUAAACAUGACUAUUUCCAGAUCAAAAUGCAAAACUGUAACAACAAAGCAUGGCAACAAAGUUCAAAAUACUCAGUCUUUGUGCGAGAUGGUCCCAACUCUAAGAACAUCUUAAAAAAUAAAGCUGAUUUUAAAGCUUUUCAGUUAGAUUUAAAAACAGUGGCAGUAUCUAGAAAAGAAGCAGAAGAAAAAUGCAAACAAAAACCAAAUAAAAACAGUAGUGAGGGAUCAAAGCUGGUUACUCUGUUGACAGGAAAUGAAGACUUAUUAGAUAAUUCAUACUAUGACUGGUACAUUCUUGUAACAAACAAAUGCCAUCCAGAUCAAAUAAUACACUUAGAUUUCAUAAAGGAAAUUAAAUGGUUUGCUGUGUUAGAGUUUGAUUCUGAGUCCAAGACAAAAGGAGUUCUCAAAUCUUUCAAAGAAAGCCGAGCAGCAAGCCUACACUCUCCAAGUCAAUUCAUAGAAGAAAAAAUCACAUUAAAUGAGAAGAUUUCUAGUUUGAAUCUUUACCAGAAACCCAGCUGGAUUUUCUGCAAUGGCAGGUCAGACCUUGACAGUGAAAAAUAUGAACCCUUAAAUCCAGUUGCCUGGCAAAAAGAAAGAGCUUCUGAAGUCAGGAAACUGGUUUCAUUUCUUACACAUGAAGACAUAAUGCCAAGAGGGAAGUUUUUGGUGGUAUUUCUAUUACUGUCUUCUGUGGAUGACCCAAGGGAUCCCCUCAUUGAGACAUUCUGUGCCUUCUACCAAGAUCUCAAAGGAAUGGAAAAUAUAUUGUGUAUUUGUGUAAAAUCAAACAUAUAUCAGGAAUGGAGAGACCUACUUGAAGCAAGAUUAACAAAUAAGAAAGAUGAACUAUCAGACAAGUGUAUUUCUGCUUUAAAUCUUGAACAGAUAAACGGCACUAUUCUUAAACUAAAAUCUGUAACUCAGUCUUCAGAGAGACUUUUGCCAUCUAUUUGUUCAUCUACUGUCCUUCUGAAAAAGGAAGAAGAUAUGACUGCUCUGGAAAUUCUCUGUGUAAAUGAAUGUGAAGGUACACUCUUACACAAAGACAAAAAUAAGUUACUGGAAUUCAAGGCUUCAAAAGAAGAAGACUUCUAUCGAGGUGGCAAAGUAUCAUGGUGGAACUUCUACUUUUCUGAAUACUAUUUCUCACCUUUUGUCAAAAGAGACAGAUAUGAAAAACUUGAAGAAAUGAUUCAAAAUGCUGCAGAUUCUUCUAAACCAAUAUGUGCCAAAAUCAUUCAUUUGUUCCAUCAUCCAGGCUGUGGGGGCACUACCUUGGCCAUGCAUAUUCUGUGGGAACUAAGGAAGAAAUUCAGAUGUGCUGUACUGAAAAACCAGACGGUGGAUUUUUCUGAAAUUGGAGAACAAGUGACUGAUUUAAUCACCUAUGGGGCAACAAAUAAUCAGGAAUACUUACCUGUACUGCUCCUUGUUGAUGAUUUUGAAGAACAAGAUAAUGUCUAUCUUUUGCAGAGUGCCAUUCAAAAAGCUGUAGCUCAAAAAUACAUUCGAUAUGAAAAACCUCUAGUAAUCAUCUUAAAUUGCACAAGAUCACAAAAUCCUGAAAAAAGUGCAAAGAUCCCAGAUAGUAUUGCCCUAAAACAGAAACUGACCUCCAAAGAACAGAUAGCUUUUGAGCUUAAAUUGAAAGAAAUUAAAGAACAGCAUAAAAACUUUGAAGAUUUUUAUUCCUUCAUGAUCAUGAAAACAAAUUUUAAUAAAGAAUACAUUGAAAAGGUGGUCAGAAAUAUUCUGAAAGGACAGAAUAAGUCCACCAAGGAAGCAAAGCUUUUUUCUUUUCUGGCUCUUCUUAAUUCAUAUGUGCCUCAUACCACCAUUUCACUAUCACAGUGUGAGAUGUACUUAGGAAUUGCAAACAAGACAGCUUUCUGGGGAACAGAAAAGUUUGAAGACAAGAUAGGCACCUACUCUACAAUUCUAAUAAAAACAGAGGUGGUGGAAUGUGGAACCUACUGUGGAGUGCGCAUCAUUCACCCUUUGAUUGCAGUCCUCUCCCUGAAAGAAUUGAAGAAAAGCUAUGAUGUGGAUAAAAGUCAAAUUGUGCUGGAUAUGCUAACAGAAAAUUUGUUCUAUGAUACUGGCUUAGGAAGAAGCAAAUUUUUCCAAGAUAUGCAAACACUACUGCUCACAAGACAGCGGAAUGAACAAGAAGGUGAAACAGGAACCUGGUUUUCCCCUUUUAUUGAAGCAUUACAUACAGAUGAAGGAAAUGAGGCAGUUAAAGGUGUGUUGUGCCAAGGUAUCGAGAGGUUUAAACCAAAUGCAUUCAUUUGCCAAGCCUUGGCAAGACAUUUCUACAUUAGAGAGAAAGACUUUAACAGUGCUCUUUAUUGGGCAAAUGAAGCAAAAAAGAUAGAACCUGACAACUCUUAUAUCUCAGACACACUGGGUCAAGUAUAUAAAAGUAAGAUUAGAUGGUGGAUAGAGGGCCCUGAAAGAAACAGGGACAUUUCAGUUGAGGAUCUAACCGAUCUUUUGGAAUUAGCAGAACAUGCCUCAGAUGCAUUCAAAGAAUCUCAACAGCAAAGUGAAGAUAGAGAAUAUGAAGUGAAGGAAAGAUUGGGUCAGAAGUCAAAAAGAAGGUAUGACACUUACAAUAUUUCUGGUUACCUAGGGGAGAUAGAAGUGGGGCAAUACACAAUCCAGAUUCUCCAGCUGGUUCCUUUUUUUGACAAACAAAAUGAACUCUCUAGAAGAGCUAUGAUCAAUUUUAUAUCAGGAAGUGGUGAUAUUCCAGGGGAUCUAAAUGAAUUUAAAUUAGCUCUCAAGAAAUUUAUUCCUUAUCUUACUACUUUGCGGUCCUCUUUAAAAAAGUCCUUUGAUUUUUUUGAUGAUUAUUUUGUACUUCUAAAACCCAGGAACAACAUUAAGCAAAAUGAAGAGGCCAAAACUAGGACAAAGGUAGCUUUAUAUUUUAGGAAAUAUAUAGAUGUAUUUGGUCCAUCAGGAGAAUCACAAAACAGAGAUCUUGAAUCAAAGCUCAGUUUGCCACUUCAAGUAGAGAGGAAUCGGAGAAGCUUAGAAGCUUUAAAAGCAGACAAGUUUUCUGGGCUUUUAGAAUAUCUUAUCAAAAGUCAGGAAGAUGUUGUAAGCACCAUGGAAUUUAUAGUGAACAAAUACACUUUUCUCCUUGAACAAUGCAUUGUCAGAAUGCAGUUAAAGGAAAAGCAAAAUUUCAUCUUGGCCAACAUCAUUCUCUCCUGUAUUAAGCCUACCUCCAAAUUAGUGAAGCCAAUUAAAAAACUGAAAGAUCAGCUUAGAGACAUCUUACAACAAGUAGGAACAACUUACAGAUUUUCAGAGCCUUAUUUCCUAGCUUCACUCUUAUUCUGGCCAGAAAACCAACAACUAGAUCAAGAUUCUAAACAAAUGGGAAAAUAUGCUCUAUCACUGGAAAAGUCUUUCAGGGGACAAUAUAAACACAUGCAUCGUACAAAGCAACCAAUUGCAUAUUUCUUUCUUGGAAAAGGUACCAAUAUGAACAGACUUGUCCACAAAGGAAAAAUUGACCAAUGCUUUGGAAAGAUGCCUGAUAUUAAUUCCUUGUGGCAAAGUGGAGAUGUAUGGAAGGAUAAAAAAGUCCAAGAACUUUUGCUUCAUUUACAGGGACGAGCUGAAAAUAAUAAUUUAUUCAUAGAGUAUGGAAUCAAUGAAAACAUCACAAUACCCAUCACACCUGCUUUCUUGGGUCAACUUAGAAGUGGCAGAAGCAUAGAAAAGGUGUCAUUUUAUCUGGGAUUUUCCAUUGGAGGCCUUCUUGCUUACGACAUUGAAAUUGUGUAAGACCCUGGUCUUCUUCCUCCAAGAAUGUGAUUUUAGUACCACCUAAUUUUUUUUUAGAUCCAAGACCCAUACUUUAAGAUGGGAAUUUUAUAGAUAUAUCCCCUGGAUUUUCAACCUUGUAUAAACAACAUUAAAUUUUCUCUUAUAUUAGCCAUAUUAUGAGUCCCACAUAGAUUAUAGUGGAGAAGGAAGGAAUGAGAGAUGUGUGAAGGUAGCAAGUCUCUUUCUUGGUUUGAAUAACACCACCUAAGCAGCUAUGGAUGGAAUUAGUAGAGACAAGCUAGUAUGUCACCCACACAAAACCCUACUAUUCCCCCUAAUCACCCUGCUGUGACAGUUAAUCCUGAUAUGUCAACUCCACUGGAUUAAGAAAGACUAGCAGAUUAGAGGAGCACACUACUGAGUGCCUGGGUGGGGCUCAGAGGCAUAGCCUUGAGUACUAUAGAUGGUUCCUCCCUGUUCCUCUCUGGUAUUGUUCCCCUCCUCUGCUCCCUGACCACUGUGAAUUAAACAGAUUUGUUCUGCCACACUCUCUGCCAUGAUAUUUCUGAUUUGGGGCCAGCUGGCUAUGAACUGAAUAUUCCCAAUCUGUGAGCUAAAUUAAAACUUUCCUCCUUUAAAUUGUAUCAGGUACUGUGUUCAGCAAUAGGAAAGCUGACAAAUACACCUCCCAAGGAAUGGACUGAGGACAAUUAUCUACUUUCUUGUCAAGUGUGAAAUUUUUUCAGAAUAGGAAAAAUUAAUUUUGGUCCUAAGACAUACUAUCUAGAAAAAGCUUUCUUACAGAAAACAAAAUCUCACACUGAGAGGUCUACUGACCAAGUAAAUUAUAAUAUAUCAUGUGCUUGACACUCAAGGGUCUUCCAAAAUAGAGGACCAAACAGUUCUCUACAGAUUACACCCACAGAAGCCAGCAGACAUUACCAAAGUAGGCUGAGAAUUAGAUUUCUUCUUCUUGCAGUACAAGGCAGUCAAGCAAUUUAUCUCUAAAGCUAGUGAGCAUAUAAAUCCCAAGCAAAUAGAAAAAUUCACCCAAACUCCAAGGGCUAAUGAACAGAAAGGCUCCUGUGAAAAGACUAAUGAUGAUCCAAACAUACUGGCAGAGACAGAUCUUGUUUCAUUUGCUGUGUCCUCACGUAGAUAGGCAGAAGGACAGAGGAUGAACAUUUCCAUCAUACUUCUUUUAUAAAGUCAUCAAUCCCUUUCAUGAGGGCUCAUUAAUUAAAUCACCUCUUAGGGAGCUCUUAACACUAUCACAAGGGUGACUACAUUUGAGCAUAUGAAUUUGGAGAGGACCUGUUCAGAUCAUAACAAAAAGUGAAAUUAAAAACUUCACGGUUUAUUCUUCCAUAAGCCAGACGUUAUUGUGUAGUGUAUCUCCAAUUCUGAUACAUUCCUGGGAAAGAAGUCUCUCAGAAAUUAAUAGCAAAGAGAAGAUCAUUUCUUUUGUAUAGAAUAACUUAUUUGUCUAAAGAAGAUUAUUUUAUUCCUUCUUCAUUUUUACAACACUUGAUCCUCCAAAGUUCUUUCUGCCACACAACUUAGAAUGUUCCAAAAGUGUUCUUAGGCACUGAAAUAUGUAUAAGUUUCAUUUUCUGUAUUAUCAAGAAACUCAUCUCCAAUUAAAAUGUGUACUAUUAUUCUGUAUUCUUUUUUAUAUUUUAAGAGUUCAAUAUGUAAGUACACCACCAUCAUAAUAUAGCCAAAUUUCAAUUUAUAUUACAGCCUGUGUAGCUUGACAGCCCUAUGCUACCUCUGAAAACACCCAAGCAAGUCAAAAGUACCUUUUGUUUCCUUAGUGGAAAGAGAGAAUUUUUACCAAGAAAUCCAAAAACUCAUCCUUGAUAUGUUAUCAUUAUCUCUUCCCAAUUGCUGUAAAUAGGGGUAUGUUAGUAGUUCACUUAGGAUGAGCAUCAAGGUUAAAGUCUUGAUAAGAAACAUAACACAUUUAAAAUGAGUCAUUUGAGCUGAAGAUGUAGAUGUAGCUCAGCUGUAGAGUAUUUGCCUAGCACGCAUGAGGUCCUGGAUUCAAUUUCCAACACCACAAAAUAAUAUCAAAUGAAAAGAAAGCAUUUGAGGAGAGUUUAAUAAAGGAAUUAUUUGUAAGAGCAUGGUAUGGGAUAGAGAAAUAUCAAGGGAUAAAUCAUGCUCCAGGACUAGCUAAUAAUAUCAGGAGACCCUACUCUCACUAUGCAUAAAGGAGCAAGAGAAGAGUACUUUUAACAGAAGAAAGAGCUUUCUGGAAAAGGCUGCCUAAUAGGAGUCAUGAUCUUUAAUUGUGGGAAGCAGCUGGUCUCAGGUGUCUUGCAAGAAAAAAA